GCUAAAUUGGUUCGAUAUGCUAGAAUAAACUCGAUCGUCAAAGUGGAAAGUUGACUUUUCCCUUCGUUCCGCUAAAAAAAGUAAGUCCGUGAGUUUUUUGCUAAGUACUUUAAAGUGGCGACGAGCCAAAACGGUUAGCUACGCGUGUGUUUGAAUAAGUGCAUAAAGUGGCAUUUAGUGGUAGCUGAAAUUUCGCUACACAGUGUUUUGUACAGGGCGAUAAUUUGAUGCCGUUCGGUAGCGUUUUUGAACGCCGAAUUUGGGCAGAAUCUAGAGCAAAUUAUCAACUUUAAAUCAGCGCAAGUUUUGCCAGUCGGUUGCAAAGCAACGCUCUCAGCAUCGGCAACAUAGUUGCAUGCUACGGUAUAGAGUUGUAUAGAGUACACUAACGCAAUCUGGGCUUUUCUUUCGCCGAUUGCCGGUUCGUUGUGUUUACCUUUUUCAAGGUAUAAAAAGUUGGCGAUUGACCGGGUUUUUCGCGCUAGAGGCGGGCGGAAUACGGUAUUACGAUUUCGGACGGAGCGUUCAAAGGAUCCUGGAGACGGGCUUUGUUGUACCAGCUACACAAAGGCGGCCGUGGCCAUUUCGUGUACGACAAGAUUCCGGACAAAGGCUGUGACCAUUUCGUAGGUCUGAAUAGAUUGCGGACAAAGGCGGAGGUGACCAUUUUUUUUUAGGAUCCCGGACAAAGGCGCUAUUCUGUGGAGCACACAAAGGCGGAAGUGCCUUUUCAAAUCCGGUGGAACGGACAAUAGCGAGGAGCUUCACGGUUUUGUUUAACAACUGAUUAGACAAGUCGCUUUGAUCUGGUGCAGGUAUGGCGUUAAUGGGGACAAUAGACCCAUACGUCUUUGGCACGUCUUUUUCGAAUUAUGUAGAGCGACUAGAGUAUUUCUUUUCGUGUAAUGACAUACCGCAAGAUAAAAAGAAAGAUAUUUUUAUGAGUUUCUCGGGAAUGCAUGUUUUUGAGGAACUCAAAUUACUUUAUCCCGGUAUAGAGCUGAGAAAUCUUACCUAUGAGGCAAUUACAAAAAAACUAAAGGAGCGUUUUGAUAAAAUUGAAUCAGACACGAUUUUGAGGCAUAAGUUUAGGUCUAGGAAACAAGGUGCAACAGAAACUGGUGAAAAUUUUAUACUUGCCGUAAAGCUUCUCGCAGAGCAAUGCGAUUUUGGAGAGUUUCGCGAUUCCGCUAUUAAGGACCAAUUGAUAUACGGGAUUUACGAUAAGAAAUUGCAAAAAAACAUUCUUGAAAUUGAUAAUUUGACGUUGAGAAUUGUGGAUCAGAAGAUUAAGAAUAAAGAAAUUAUAAUGUCAAGUACAAGUGCUUUAAAUUCGGAUUAUAAUACUGGUGUUAACGCUGUUCGGAAUCGUUUAGGAAAUCGUGAAUCGGAUUAUAGGCCGCGGAAUUCAGUUGAUAGAGGUCGUGACAGAUUUAGAGGUAGAGAUAGGAUGAACAAUAGCUAUCAUAGAGGUAAUGAUAGAAGGCGCUCACGUUCGGGGCGCAGGAAUUCCAGUCGUGGAAGAUAUGCCAACUUUAUUUGCAAUUUUUGUAAUCGGAAGGGUCACAUCCAGAAAAAUUGCUACCGUUACAAAAAUCAGAGGAAGAAUUCCGUAAAGUUCAUCGCAGAGACGCCUAGUUCUGACAAUGUGUACGACUAUUUUAAAAAACUGAGGGUCGACUAUGACAGCGAUGAUUCUCCAGGUGAUUAUCCAUGUCUUAUGAUUAGAUCCGUUAAUAGGAUUGCUGAACCUUGUUUCCUAGAAGCUGACAUUGAGGGUAGAUUGAUAAAAAUGGAAAUUGAUAGUGGUUCAUCAGUUUCGGUGAUGAGCAAAUCUGAUUUCCUUAAACAUUUGCUAAAUGUUCCAUUGAAAAAUAACAAUAGAAAGCUUUUGGUGGUAAAUGGAUCGACAUUGGAGAUACUGGGCAGUGCUUUUGAGAAGUUGGAGAAAAAAUGUAAUCCGGACUACAAUCUGGCUAUCUAA